CUUGCUGUUAGUAUCGAUCGUUUUAAUGUUAUGAUUUUGAAUUUGUUUUAGGAAAUGUGUGCAAUGUUUACGUUUUGCCAAACUAUUAAACUUUAUAUUUUAAGUGAUUUUUAGCGUGUUUUGCUUUUGUAUGAAUAACUAUAGCUGAAAAAUGACUUCCGCACUCUACUUGGAACAUUAUUUAGACAGUCUGGACCACCUGCCCAUAGAGCUUCAGCGCAACUUCACGCUGAUGAGAGACCUGGAUGCACGAGCGCAGGGGCUGAUGCGCAACAUCGAUCGCCUGGCGGAUGAGUAUUUGCGCAGCGUGAAGACGAUGCCGCCUGACAAGAGGAAGGAGCACAUGACCAGCAUCCAGAGUCAGUUCAACAAAGCCAAGGAGUACGGCGACGACAAGGUGCAGCUAGCCAUCCAGACCUAUGAGCUGGUGGACAAGCACAUCCGCAGACUGGACUCGGACCUGGCCAGGUUCGAGGCGGAGAUCCAGGACAAGGCCCUGAGCAGCGCUCGCGGCCAGGAUGAACACACCGCCAGCAAGAAGGGGCGCAAGAAGCAGAGGGAGAAGGAGCGCAAGAAGCGAGCGGGCGGCGUGUCGUCGGAGGAGGAGGCAGCCAAGGCUGCGCGCAAGAAGCAGAAGAAGGGUGGCACGAGCACGGGUGGCACGGCUAGCGCGGUUGUGGGCAAGGGUGCCAGCUCCGGGACCGGCCUCACGAGCGCGGAGGCCGGACUAGCGGGCAUCGCACACCCCUCCGACGUGCUGGACAUGCCUGUGGACCCCAAUGAGCCCACCUACUGCCUGUGCCACCAAGUGUCCUACGGGGAGAUGAUCGGCUGUGACAACCCCGACUGUCCUAUCGAGUGGUUCCACUUCGCAUGCGUCGGACUAACCACAAAGCCCAAGGGGAAGUGGUACUGUCCGAAAUGCUCAGCCGAUCGCAAGAAGAAAUAACCUUUUGUUGCAUGUGUUUUAGUGAAUGUUAUUUCUGUAUUAAAUGUUUUAUAUUUAUUUAAACAAGUGGAAAGUAUGCAGUGUCUGCAACAGAGCGGAAUCAAGUUGUCGUGUACAGUUGCAUCUCUGUUUAACUAAAACAACACAGCAUUUGACGUGUUGUAAUAAUGUUUUAAUUGUGUAUAUUUUGUACUUAUUUUUAUUUUAAGAACUUUUUAAAUGAUUUUAAAUUAAUAACAAAUAUUAAUGUAAUGUUUUAACAGCUUUAGGUACAAGUAUCAGUAAUACUAUUUUAAACCACAGUUUUAUAAAUGCUGGGUACUGUAAAUUCCACUUCAAAAAAUGUACAAAUUUACAAUAUAUUAUUUCUUAAAUUAAAGACUAAAUUUUUUAGUAAAA